UGUGCGCGUGGGCUCCGGUGUGAAUCACAGCAGCAGCUCAGCCCGUUCGUUCUGCGACGUGACGAGGUGGGCGCCAGCCGCAAUGCGAGACCAGACCGGAGGACAGGAUAUCUCAACGCCACUGAAACUAGGAGGAGUAACGGAUAAAUAAAGAAGACAUUUAAAACCGAUAGAUAAAACAGAUAAAGGAAUUAGACGGAGGGAUGGAGCCGGUGGGCUCGUUUCUUCCCGGUAAAUCCGGGAGCUCGCACUUUGAUCCGGUGGUCUUUGUCAAACAGCCGCGGACCAUCCUCAGACUACUGUGCUGGGUAUUCUCUAUGGUAGUGUUCAGCUGUAUAGUGAAUGAAGGCUACAUGAACAUCGGCAGCGAGCGGUUGCUAUGCGUCUUCAAUAAGAACGCCGAUGCCUGUAACUACGGCGUUACCGUGGGCGUGGUCUGUUUCCUAGGCAGCGUCUGCUUCCUGGUUCUAGACAUCUACUUCCCCACCAUCCACAGUGUCCGACUCAGGAGGAGAGCAACUCUCAUCGACAUGGUCUUCUCUGCCCUGGCCAGCUUCCUGUGGUUCGUGGGUUUCUGUUUCCUGGCCAAUCAGUGGCAGCAGACGACAGAAGAAGAGCUCCCAUUGGCUCAGGGCUCCGACGCCGCCAGGGCUGCUGUUGCCUUCUGCUUCUUCUCCAUCCUCACCUGGGCUGGCCUGACGGCGCUUGCUCUCCAGACAUUCAUCAACCUGUUCCAAAACUUCAGCCUCUUCACCGAUCAGCUUGACGACAGCGCCGGUUACCACGACAAUGCCCGCAGCACGCCCGUCGCCAACGGAGUCACCAUAGUAACCACCAACCCCUACCAGCAGGCCCCUCCCUUCAGCGAAACUCUGAGUCUGGACCCUUCUGCCCUCACACCUGCUCCUGUCUUCUAGAGGAGAGAGACAGAGAGUGUAGAGAGGAGAGAAAGAUGGAGAGAGAGGGAGAGAUGGAGAGAGAGGGAGAGAUGGAGAGAGUAGAGAGGAGAGAAAGAUGGAGAGAGGAGAGAUGGAGAGAGAGGGAGAGAAGAGAGAGAUGGAGAUAGAGGGGGAGAGAGGAGAGAGAAAUGGAGAGAAGAGAUAGAGGGAGAGAUAUAGAGAGAGGCAGAGAGAGAGAGAGAAGAGAUAGAUGAGCGAGAUGCGGAGGAAUGGACAGAGAGAGAAGAGAGGGAGGAUAUGAGAAAUGAAGAGAGAGAGAAUAGGAGAGUUUCUAGGCGUGAGACCGUUGUGACAUGACAGAGGUUGUAGCUUCAAGAUGCUGUGGGUUAGCCUGAUUGGCCGACUGAGGGUCAGGUGAUGCUGGCUCUCUGUCACCAUGGCAACUGCUUGCUCAGUCUAGGAUUCACACAGAGCAGGAACUAGAGCACACACACAGAGGCCAUUUUACCCAGAGAGGUAUAUAACAUUGUUGUAAAUAUAGCAGUCUACAUCACCUUAUGAAGGUCCUUUGGAACUCAGUAUUAAAGCUGUAGGAAACAGAGAGAUUAGAGAGAGAGAGAGACAGAGAGAGAGAGAGAGAGAGA